AUGGUGGAUAUACUCAUCCCGUAUUACAAGGAGUAUAUAAAAACCUUACUGAAUCAACCACCACCACCAACCGCUGAUAAAGAGAAAUUCAGACAAUGGGGAAUCCAAUGCGCGAAAGCCUUUAAUCAUAUGUUCAGUUCGGAAGGUUAUGUUAUCGACACCGAUGUGCCAACCUUGCUUGAUGAGGCAGAGAAGAUACUUGAGACGUGCGCCUCCGACGAAUGGCUGGAAUGGGGGGCGGUUAUCCUCCGUGCUCGCGCACGUCGGCUCGACCAGGCGCAGCGCAACCCGCCCGCGACGCUCAAACAAGAUGUUUCUGUGACGGGACCAGUUCAUCUACUGGGAGAUCCAGACAAACCAGAGGACGUCGUUCAGAAGACCGCCCGCGAGGUCGCGACACGGCAGCGCGAGAGGAAACUGGCGAUGGACGCCCGCAACAAGGCCAUCGUUAAUCGGUUCAUCCGGGGAGAGAUCACGAAGAAGGAAUUGAGGGCUCUCACUCUCAAACCACUGGAUGGGUUUGACGAUACCGUUCCUGGCUCGCAGCUUUCGCCAACCCCGCGCACACAUACUCCAUCCCACGCAUCUCCUUCAUACUCACGAUCACCAUUGUCCUCCUAUUCUUCUCCAAAAUUAUCUUCAUCUCCUUCGCCGUCUUCAUCGCCCCAAUCCAAGCCGCCCAACCGCUCCGUCGAUCGCAAGGGAAAAGGUCCGGCCACGGUACCUCACCAGGGGAGCAGUGUGCGGAAGCGCGUCGUCUACGAAACGGAUGAAGCGGAAGACUCGGAAAGAAAGCCGAAAAGAAAAAGAGGUAAGAUCCCCAAGAACCUGCCACAAGGGGCGGUCCGUGCCAGCACUGCGUGCGUCAGAUGCUCUGGUUUCGCGACGCCGUUCCAGUGCUUCCUCUACCCAGGAACUGUGCGGUGCGUCAAGUGCGCCAGUGAUCACCAAUUCUGCCAUGGAGCUAUCCUUGCCGCAACCGCCACCUCCGAGCGCGAACCGAGUCGAGCUCCUCGUCUCAGAAAGGUCACCUCCAAGGUGCCCACCUUGGUCGUCGUCGCUCCUUCCAAGGCGGCCAACGUCCCUUCAAAGUCGGUCGCGGGCCCGUCGCGCCUCAAGCCUGCCUUUGAGGAGCGGAUGAUUGCAGGCCCAUCCAAUCGAGUCGAGAGUCCCCCAGACAUGGAUGCCUCUGAAGAUCUCCACGAGACGCCUCCUCCGAUGGAUGAUGAUGUGGAGGAGUACAUCGCGCAAUUUGUUUCGGACAAGCGCCAACGCUCCCGAUCCGUGAGCUCGAUCAAGCGCGAGAUCAAGAUGAUGCGCAGGUGCUUGGACUAUAACUUGGAAGAAUUCCUUGCCCUCAAGGUUGAGCGGGACGCCAUGAAGAUCAGGAAGAAAAAACUGGAGGCGCAGUCGGAGGAGGUGAUCAACGAGGACGGCAAUGAGGCGGCGCGUGCCGCCGGACAAAGCCGAACUUCCAGCGUGACGCCCCCGACGUCGAAACUCGACUCAGAUCCCGCUCCAUAA